CUGGGGCCGCUGCUUUAGUAACAACAUCCCGUUGGCGGCGGCUGUGGCGGUGGUGGCAGCGGCGACGGCAGCGGGAGUGGGAGUCUCUUCAGAAGGACCCCAAGCGGGCCUCGCCCGUCGGCUUCCCCGCCGGCUGUCCUCGGGCUCGACGCCCUCCCAUCCCGGGCCGGGCCGAGCCGGGCUGGGAGUGAGCCCGCCUACCAGAACCUGAGACAGCGCGUGGACAACUUCGUUUCUAAUCAUUUAGCAACUCACACUUGGAGUCCCCACCUCAAUAAGAACCAGCUGAGAAACAAUAUUAGACAGCAAGUCCUCAAGUCAGGAAUGUUGGAGUCUGGCAUUGACCGCAUCAUCUCUCAGGUUGUGGAUCCAAAAAUCAACCACACAUUCCGACCUCAGGUGGAAAAAGCUGUUCAUGAGUUUCUGGCCACAUUAAAUCACAAAGAGGAGACGAACACCAGCAUGGCUCCAGAUGAGGAAAAGCCAGAUUCUUCCGUCAUUCUGCAAGGUGUUCCUACUGCUGGAUCCAGUGCUAAUGUGGCUAAUGAUGCCAUGUCCAUUUUGGAAACGAUCAGUUCUCUUAAUCAAGAAGCAAAUGCUGCCAGGUCAUCGACAGAAACUACAAAUCCCAAGACCAGUGAAAGAACAUCAAAAAGACUCCUGUCUCAGGCAAGUCUGGAUGCUGGCCUUGAUCGAGAGAGAAGCACAGAUGACCUUACAGACAAAGACAAAUGCCUGUCUGACCCAUUCAUUGAAGGAUUUGAAACAGUCUCAAAGUCAGAAGACUCAAAUGAUCUCCCUAGCCCAGUUGAAGAAGUUAAAAAUCUCACAAAGGACAAUAAUAGUUUGCUUCUACCAAACAAAGAUGUCCUACAAGAAAGCAGUGACCAAAAACCUAAACUAAUAGACAAAGGGGAAAAAAAAACAGAUAGCAAUGAAAAGACGGAAAGAAAAAAAGAGAAGAAAGACAAAACUGAUAAGAAAUAUGACCAUUCUAAAAGAAAUGAAGAUUUACAAAAAACAAAGGAUGAAAAGCAAGUGAAAGACAAAGAAGCAGACGGUGCAAAACAGCUGCCUUCAGAGAGGAACAAACUUAAGACAUUUGACGGGACAAAAGAAGAUUAUUCCUUGGUAGAUUCAGAUGUGGAUGGGCUUACAGAUAUUACCGUUAGCUCUGUCCAUACCAGUGAUCUCUCAUCAUUUGAAGAAGAAAGUGAAGAUGCUGUAGCUUCAGAUAGCACUGAAGAAGGAGAGAUUACAUCUGAUGAUGAAGAGAAAGAGAUUAAAAAUAUAACCAAGCCUCAGAUUAGUGAGCCUGGCGAAGGAAAAGCAAAAAGUGUCCGACAUACUUACGUGCACCGACCUUUCCUCUACUCCAAGUACUACAGCGAUUCUGACGAUGAGCUGACCGUGGAGCAACGUCGGCAGUCUGUUGCCAGAGAGAAAGAAGAAAGACUUUUAAGGAGACAGGUUAACAGGGAGAGACUUGAAGAAAAGCGCAAGCAGAAAGCUGCAGAAAAAAACAAAUCUUCAAAAACCAAGAGCCAAGGCAAAAUUUGUAUGGACUUGGAUGAAUCAUCUCGGAAAAAUGUGGAAUCCAAAACUACCAGAAUUAAAGAAGUACUUAAAGAACGAAAAGUUUUAGAAAAAAAAGUAGCUCUAAGUAAAAAACGAAAAAAAGAUACAAGGCAUACUGAUGAUAAUUCUAAAAAGAAGAAUUCUGAAGAAGACCCCAAAGAAGCACUAAAAACAAAUGAGCAUUGUGAAAAGGUGUCUUCUUCAAAGGAACUGAAGCAUAUUUAUACCAAAAGUGACACAAGCAAACCUACUCGUAGACUUUCUGAAUCAUUACAUUCAGUUGAUGAAAACAAAAGUGAAUCCAAAAUGGAAAAGGAACAGAAAAGACGGACAUCUACCUCCUUUCCAAUGGAAGGAGCUCAGCAAGACACUGACAUGAGAGAUGCUAAAAGACAUUUGGAAAAAUCUGAGAUGAAUGUUGAAGAAAUUCAGAAACAAAAAAGUACAUUAAAAAAUGAAAAACAUCUGAAGAAAGAUGAUUCUGAAACACAGCAUUUAAAAAAUAUUCCUAAGAAGGAAGUGAGAUCAAACAGAGAAAAGGCUGAAAAAGAGAAAACUCUGUCAGAAGAUAAAUUGUCUACAAAACAUAAAUAUAAAGGAGAAAUUGUACAUAAAACAGGUGAUGAGACUGAACUCCAUGCUUCUGAGAAAGUCUUGAAAGGAGAUGAGAAUUCUCAAAAGCAGAGUCAACAACCAAAAUUUACUGAGGAUAAAUCUGACAAAAAAAGUAAACAUAAGAGUGAACGAAAAAUAGCAAUAUUUAGCAAAGAUGGAAAAGCAGUUUCUGAAUAUGCUAUAAAAACUGAUGAAACCGUACGUAAAGAAAAUAGCAAAAAAGAUAGACAUAUUUCAGCUGAAAAAGUUAAAACAGAACACAAGUCAAGAAGGUCAAGUGACUCCAAAGUUCAGAAAGACUCCCAAAGUUCCAAACAGCACAAUUAUGCACCUCAGAAAAAAAAUGAAAAUAAUUCAGAAGAUAAGUGUGACAUGGAAUCAACUAAUUCAGAUAGUAAUUUAAAAACGGAAGACAUUGUUCACAAGGAGCGAAGAAGAACAAAAAGCUUAGUUGAAGAUAGAUUUUUGUUAAAGCCUAAAUCAAAAAAUCACAAGCCAUCAAAAGCAAAUGAAACAGAAUUACAAGAAAAUGUCACAAAACAAGCUACUCAAAAGCCUGACAAAGAAAAAGUCUUAGAAGAAAGUGAUACUGAUAAACAACGUAAACUCAAAAGUGAUGAUAAAGUCCUAGAAGAAACUAGUGUAGAAUCUGAAUUUGAAAGCACAUCCUUACCUACACAUGGCUCACUGAAAGAUUCUAGUCACAGAAUUAAGUUACCUUUGGGAGAAAAGGCAUUGGCCAAAGAAAAACACAAAAGUGAUAAAGAUUCCAGUUCCAGGCUUGAGAGGAAAUUAUCAGAAGGGCACAAAAGUAAAAGCUCAAAGCAUGGUAGUAAGGAAAUUAAAAAAAAGGAAGAAAACAAAUCAGAUGAGAAGGAUGGUAAAGAAAUUGAAAAUAACCACGAAAAGGCUAAAUGCAACAGUUUAGUCAUGGAAAAGAAAUUUAGAAGGCUCUGUGAAAAUCGGAGAGGAAGUUUGUCAUCACAAGAGUCAACCAAAGGAGAGGAAAAGUUGUCAGUAGACAAUAUUCCCUCUCUUCAGAAACCGAAAAAGUGUGGUGAUAACUUAGUAAUUCCUGAGCAAGAACCCAUGGAAGUUGAUGCAGAGCAGAUCUUCAUAAAUGUUCUUGAAGUCUCUAAAACCCAAGACAAAAGCAAUAUUAGCUCAGGGCAAGAGAUUGAAUCUGAAAAUGUGAAACUUAAAACUUUGCCCCUCGUUAUGAGUGAUGAAUUAAGAACUGUUGCAAGUGAUGUAAAAUCAGUAGAUUCCACCUUUAAAUCAGAACAUCAAUCAACAUCUGGCGGUAAUUCUGAAAAGAAUAUUGAAUAUGAAAAUAACCUUGCUAAAAAAAUGAAUGUUCCAGGCCUUUUAUCCAAGCAGAAUUCUGAAGAGAGAGCAUCCCUUCAGGGAGCAGCACAACAAGUGAGUACAGACUUUGAAAUCAGUCAUGGAAUUUUGCAAAAUGUCCUUUUAGAAAAUGCUGACACAAAGAAGAAUGUUAUGAGCAUAACCAAACCCAGUGAGGAAACUUUUACUCCAUUACUCAGUACUUCCACUGAAGGAGAACCAACCCUUAAACAUUCCAUAACAACAGAGCCCUCACAGUGCUUAAUUUCUACAGCUGGUGAAGCUGAAAAAGACUGUCAUCAUUUAAGUAGAAGUUUUUCACCUGAGGAAAGAACUGUUUUGGAAUAUGAAGCAGCAGACCCUUCAUGUAUAGUCCACUCUGAAAUCACUGAGUUGAGUAGCGGCAACAUGGAACACGGGGACAGUUCUUUCACAAGUCAGCCAACAAGAGAAAACAAUGGUAGUGAACAAGAAAAAGAACAGUGCUCAGUGUCUCAAGAGAGCUUGGAAACUGAUAUUAUGAAUAAUGAGGGUGUUAAUUCAACAGAAUUUGAUUUCACAAAAGUAAUUGACAAGGAAAAUGAUGGUGAAAUUCUAGACACUAGUUCUGAACAAGAUACAAAUGCUGUUGUAAAUACUGAAGAGAAAGAAGAAUGUAGUGCUGAUUUUGAUAUAGAGCCUACUCUAGAAAAAAGUACUCUAAAUGUGGAAGCCACAGAAAAUACAAGCACAAACAGAAAAGAAGCUGAAAAUGCGAUAACUGUUGUUGAAGGAAGGAAUGAAAAUAGUGAGGUAGGCACCAGUGCAGGAGGUACUGGAUUCACUCCUCUACACCAAAGAAACGAAACAACUAAAACCAUUGCAGUAGGGAUUAGUAAAGUGGAAAAAGUUGCUAUUGCCACCAGUACGGAAGAGAAAGGUGAAGCGGUGACCAUAGAUUCCAUCAAGGCAGGCGAUGCCACAGCAACUUCCACAGGCAGAGAAGAGAGGGAGACUUCCAUGUUCUGUACAAGCAUCGAGGCAGACGAAGGCUUCGUAGCAGCUCCCUGCGUUGCAGAGAACCACGCUCCUCUCGCAGCAGAAGCUAACGAAUGUACUGUGGUGGCAGCAGCUGAAGAAGGUGGGGGUGUGACUGAGGGAUUUGCUGAAAGUGAGACUUUACUCACCAGUACCAAGGAAGGAGAAAGUGGAGAAUGCACUGAUGCAGAAGAUAGAGAUAAAGACUCCGGUGGAGCUCACACAGUAAAAAUGGAGGAUAAUGUAAAUAGUGCUGAGACCGAAGAAAAAGAUGAUGCUGUUACAAGUGCAGGCUCUGGUUCAUCAAGCAGAAAUUCAGGAGUUGUCAGAGGUACCGUUAGUUGUAUAAGUGAAGUAGAAAGUGAUGGAGCUGUAACAAGUGCAGGCACAGAAGUAACAGAGGGAUCUCUUAGUAGUCAAGAUGUAGAGGAGUUCCAGAGAAGUAUGAUCAGACUGGGUCCCCAAAAAGAAACUGAGGGUACUGUGACAUGUACAGGACUGGAAGGAAGAAAUGAUAACUUUGUCAUUUGUUCAGUGACUGAUGGAGAGGCACAGGAAGAGAGCAUGGUUACUGGUGCUGGUGUGACAGUAGUAGAUAAUGAUGCCACAGCCGGGGUAAGUGCCAACCAAGAAGGUGAAGAUUCUGUAAAUGAUGGAACAGAAGGGGAAAGCGCAGUCACCAGCACAGGAAUUACAGAAGAAGGAGAGGGGUCCGCAAGUUGUACAGGAUCUGAAGAUAGCAGUGAAAGCUUUCCAAUAAGCUCUGAAUCAGAAGAAAAUGGAGAGAGUACGAUGGACAGCACGGUGGCCAAAGAAGUCACUAAUAUCACCCUAAUUGCUGUUGGACCAUGUGAUGAUGAAGGCGUUGUGACCAGCACAGGUGCAAAAGAAGAAGAUGAAGAGGAUGAGGGUGUUGUUACUAGUACAGGCAGAGGGAAUGAAGUUGGGAAUACUUUAAUAUGCACCGGAAUAGAGGAAGAGGUUGAAGGUACCUCAACUUGUCUGAGUGCUGAAGGUGAAAACUUGGUGAUCUGUACUGUUGUUGAACAUGUGGAAGCUGAGUCAGGUAUGGCUGUUGUAAAUGCAAAUGAAAGUGGGGUUGAUAGUAUGACUAGUGCAGAGAAAGAAACGAAUCAUGGAAUGAUCUACUCGAGUGCAAAAGAGAUUGUUGAAAGCAGUGUGACCAGUGCAGUUUCAGAAAAGGCUGACAUGGUGCUAAUCCCUAUGGAUACUGAAGAAUGUGAUGGUCCCAUGACCAGUGUAGCUACAAAUAAUCAUGAUGGUCAGCUCACAGGUGAAGAAAAAGAUGAAGAUGACAUGAUUUCCACUGGUGUCGUUGAAAGUGACGAGGUUCUAGUAUCUGAAGCAGUUCCAGAAUAUGAAAUUGAACACAUUCUUCCAGCAAGUGAAAAAGAUGAUGAUCUCUCCAUUGUGGCCAGCGAGGAUAAGAAAGACCAGAGUAUUUUUGUUGGCAGCGACAGCAGUAGUAAAGGUUUGAUGAUUUCUACCAGCACUUCAGAUGACUAUCAUAUCCCUUUACUAAGUACAGUUGUAGAUGGUAAUGUAAGUCAUUGCAGUACAGUAGGAAUCAAAGAAAAUACUGGGAUUGUCAUAGAAAUUGAAGAAUUUGAAGCCCCAAUGCCCAGUGCAGUUAUAGAAGAUCCAAGUCAGCUUCCUGCUGCUGGAAAAACAGAAAAGGAUGAGUGUGCUAUGAUUUCCACCAGCAUCCUGGAGGAGUUUGAUGCACCUAUGUCCAGUGCAACUAUUGAAAAUUAUGACAUCCAGCACCCGGCUGCCACAACCGAAGAAAGAAAUGAAAACCUGAUCUCUGUAGCUACCGAAGAUUAUGAGGCACCUAUGUCCAGUGCAACCUCAGAACUCGAAAGGCAUCUUGCUUCCACCAGCAAAGAUGAAAAAGAUGAGUGUGCACUCAUCUCUACAAGUAUAACAGAAGAAUGCGAGGGGCCUGUAUCCAGUGAGGUCGUUGAAAGGGAAAAUGAACAUCCUACCCCGAUAAUAGAAGAAAAAGAUGGGAGUGCUCUAAUCUCCACCAGCUCAGGAGAAGAUUGUGAGGGACCGGUGUCCAGUGCAGCCCCAGAGAGCAAAGAUCAUCCCCCUGUCAGGACAGUGGAGGAAAUCAAUGACACGUCCAUGAUCUCCACAAGUACUACUGAGGAAUAUGAAGUAGUCAUGACCAGCACAGUCCCACAGAAUGAGAGUAGACUUACUCUCACAAUAGCAGAAGAAAUAAGUGAUGGUGCCCUCAUCUCCACGAGCACGACCGAGGAAUACAUAGUGGUUGUGACUAGCCUAGACAAACAGGAGACAACUGAGUCCACUGCAGUAGGGGCUGAAGGAGGUGAGGGCUCUUCUGUGCUGACACCUGAAAAAGGAAGAGAAUGUGAGGUUCCGAUGCCAAGCAUAGUUGUUGAAAAUGAGGACUUUCAAAGCCCCAGGCCAGUUAUAAAAGAAAAAGAGACUAGUUCCUUGAUACCGGUAAACUCCAUAGAAGAGUAUGAGAAUUCUUCAGAUAAUGAGCUCCCACAAGGAGAAGAAAACGAUGGCUCCUUCAGCUCUGUAAAUAUAGAAGACGAAAGUAUUCAUGCUGAAGAAAGAGAAAUUGGAAAUGGUGCUGCUACAAGCAGUUCAAUAAGGGAUACCUCAGUCAUUAUUAUAGAAACAGCUGAGAACUUGCUGGUAAAUCAGAGCAGUCUUAAAGAAAUGUCUGAAGAUGUGACUACAGACACUAUAAUCAGUAUUUGUUCUUCUGAGGCAGUAGAUGUCAGUGCUGAAAAGCUUGAAGAUGUGCCAGAUGCCAAAGAAGUAACAGCAGAGCUUUCUGCUAUUCCUUUUGAGGAAAUGAAGCACGAUGACUACUUGAAAACUGAAAACCCUGAGUGUAUUAGUGACGUGGAGUCAGAAAAUAGCCUUUCUAAAGCCAAGAUUUCUCCUUGUGGUGAACAUGCUCUUUUCUUGGCCCCUCUAUGGGAUAAUGGCAUAACCAUAAAUAGCAGUGAUGAUACUGAACUAAUUUUUGAAACUACAGUAGAAAACACUAGUGACCAUGAUGACAUACAGGACUCGGUUAAGGUGGAAGACGACGUUGGAAUUGACAUUUCUUCUGUAGAAGUUGUGCAUCUUGCAGGCAGUAGAGAGACUCUACCAAAUGUUUUGGAAGGAUUAGAACAGAAAACUAACUUGGAAACUGAGACUGCUGUGCCUUCAGAAGAGGAGAAUAAUCAGUAUAUUUCAGAAGUACCCGAAGUCCUUGAUGGAGACGGAGAAAGUGGAAUAGUUGAACCACAGGAAAUUACAGCAUUGGAAAUUAAGUCAACAAAUAUAAAAAACUCAGACUUGGAAACAAAUGAAGAUAUUCACACUUGCAAGGAAAGGAAAACAAAGAUUUCAGAAAGCACUAAUGAAAUAAAAGUAGAUAGACCUGCCGAUGAAAAAGACAUCUUAGAAGCCAUACAAAAUCAGACCGUUGAAGUGGAAGUUCAAGAAGAGGUAGAAAUUCCUUGCCAAGAAGAUGGAAAUACUACAUCUAGAAGAAAAAGGAAAAAGCGUUCUUCCUUUUCAGAAGAUGAACUAGAUGACCGCCUGGGCUCAAGCAAAGAAGUGGCCCGGAAUCAGUGUUCUGAAACAAAAUCACAAGUUAUAAAGGAAGAGAGUUCAGAAGGUGCAGAAGAAACACGCCAAGAAAGUAUUAAAAGCACUACUGCUCCAAGGCCCUUGGCAGAACAGGGUGAACAUGGCAAUAGCAGCAGAGAAGCUAAUGACAAAAAGACAGAAAAUGCAGAGAGCAAUGUGAAAUCUCCGGAGGCAGGUAGACUGGAAGACAUUCCUGUGAUAGUUAAAAGGAAAAGAGGAAGACCUCGGAAAUACCCUAUAGAAGCAACAGUAAAAAUUAAAGAGGACUCCAAGACUGAUGCUGUUGCUAUCCAGCCAUCUCCACCAAAGGACAAAGCCAAGGCUGAAAAACCAGAUGACUCUGGUAAACAGAUUGGAAAUGAAAACCUGGAUUUAGCCAAUGACAAUGGAGAAGAAAAACCAGUAACAGUUGUACGUCGCAGAGGAAGAAAGCCCAAGCGUUCUUUCCCAGGAUUAGAAGGAACAGCAGAAACAGCCGAACCAGAAAGAAAACGGCCUAAAUCAGUGUCUGAAGUGGCUGAGGACAAAAAAGACCCAGAGACUGAGGAGGAAGAAGUAGAGGAGGAAGAGGAGGAAGAUGAGAAGUAUUCAAGAGCCACGACGAGAUCAGCCACGAGACUAGAAGCUCAGAGAAAGCAGCCGAGCAAGCCAGCUACCCGGGCCACUUCCAAGCUCGGCAGCCCAGAAACGUUUUCUCCUAGACAUCGCCAAAAAGGAGCAAAGGAGAAGGCCGCCAAGGAAAAAGUCAGCAAGUCUCCCCCAUUGGGAAGAUCGAAAGCCCCGCUCUCCCCUCCUGCCAAGCGCAAGAGAGAGCCCAGUCCACCAGUGGUCCGGACAAGAGGGCAGCAGAAAGUGGAAGAAGCACCGGGGAAAAAAGCAAAGCGGUCGUACUGAGCAUUCUCUGCCGUGGUUUGAAAAAGGGGUAAGAGGCACCUCUCGGGGCAUCCACUUUGUAAGAAGGAAGAGGACGCGCAUGUGCUGUACUUUACCAGAUGCAAGCUUUCUCUUGUUAUGUUUUGAACAGCUUUACAAACUUGUUUAUAGGAGAUAUGUACAUUUAUUUCAGCUAAAGAAAAAUAGGUUUACUUUGUAUUUGAAUUUAAAACAAAGUAGUUGUAUAUUUUAACAUUCGAAGUUGGGAUUUCCCAAUGUGACAGACAUCGCUAAUGCAAAAGCUUCCAACCCACCAGGCACCUGAAUGCCUCCUGAUAAUCUUUGUACAGUAUAUAAACAUGUAAAAAUAGGUUGUAUUUUACUCUAUGUAUGAAGCUACUCAAUGAUGAACACUUUAUUUAUUUUACAGAGAAGACUUAUCUGUGAACUUUACUAUAUUCUGUUUAUUUUUAUUUUAUUCUCUUUUUUUCCCUUCUUUUUUCUUUAUUAUUAUUAUUUUUUUUAAUAAAAACAGGUUUUAAAUGCUAUGCAGUCAUCAGUAGGAAUUGUUUCAGGCCUCUGCCCUGAACUUAUCUGAAUAUAGUGUGGCAGGAGGUAAAGAAUUAUUUCGCAUGUAUUCAAGUAAGUAGAUUAGUUAAAGAAAGGGACUCAGUUGUUUUUCUGUUCACAGUUGUGACUAUGUUAAAGAAACUGUAACUUGUUUUUAAAUUACAUUCACAUACGUGGCUUUAUUACCAUCUUAAAUGAAGUAAAAAUAGUUCUAGUUUAGGAAAAUUCAUGCCAUCUUCAGCAGAAAGUUUUCCAGUUGAGCUUCAAUCCAACUACUCUGUGUUAUUUCAAAGCUUACUUUAUUCUUUCAGUAUUUGUCCUUUUCAAUGAAGAUCCAUCGAAGAUGAAAAAACCAUUUCUUCUUCUAUCCCUAGAGCUUUGGCAUUUUAUGUUCUGUUUUAUACACAGGUAUUUCAGAAUAAAACCUGGUCUUAAGGCCAGAGCCUUUUUUUAACAUGUUUAACUCCCAUGAGAACAAACUGUCCAAGCUAAGUUUUUCAUAAGAUUAAACUUUUCUUAAGAUCAAAUUUGUCUCUUGCAAUGAUGUAAUAAGUUGCCAAAUAAUCUGAGAUUAUUUUACAAUGUUGUGUUCAUAUUCUUAUGUUUUAUAAUUAAAAUUUACAUUCUG